AAACCUUCACUUGGACUACAUGUAACAAUUUGUAAGUUGGCCCGGACCGCUCUAGAGAGUCUGAUCCAGCCCAGCCCAAUAGCACAUUCAAAUCAACCUGAUUCAAAUGAUUCUGGCAGGCUGCCAAGUGGGGCACUCACGUCCCCAUCAAUCAAAUCAAAUGAUAACCUUUCCUUUGAGGAAGAAAAAAUAAUUGUCCCCCACCAAAAAGAAGGAUUAAAAAAAUUCAAAUCGAAUGACCAAGCGACGCGCCACGGCGGCAGCAAAACUAUCUCGCGGCCCCGCCGUCCAGCGAGCUCUAGCGCCCGUGAGAACCUUCCAAGCAAAAUAUCCGACGCCGCUCCUGCUCCAUCCCCUCCUUCUCGUACUUUCCAGAACAUUCCAUUCCUUCCCUAUAAAUACCAGAACACCACCCAUGUCUCCCGCCAAAUCAAAGACACCAACCCGACGCACCCGACUACUCGACGCAGCGAUCGAACUCGUCGCGGCACCCGCCGGAUGGAGAACCCCACCGCCGUGACGGUCAAGCAGGAGGAGGAGGACGAAGUAGUGGUGGUGCUGGACGCUGGCGGGCGGGCAGGCGCGGCGCCGGAGCCUUGGCAGCCGGCGACGGCGCCUGCGGUUCCGCCGUUCGUGGCGAAGACGUUCGAGCUGGUGGAGGAUCCGGCGACGGACGGCGUGGUGUCGUGGGGCGCGGCGCGGAACAGCUUCGUGGUGUGGGACCCGCACGCCUUCGCGGCGGGGCUCCUCCCGCGCCGCUUCAAGCACGCCAACUUCUCCACCUUCCUCCGCCAGCUCAACACCUACGGGUUCCGCAAGGUGAGCCCGGACAGGUGGGAGUUCGCGCACGCCGACUUCCUCGCCGGCCAGCGCCACCUCCUCGCCAACAUCCGUCGCCGGCGCGGCGCUGCGGGAGGAUCCACGGCGUCCGGGCCGCCGUCGUCGUGCGAGAAGGACGGCGCGAGCGGGAGCGGCGGCGUCCGCGAGAGCGAGCUCGAGAGGCUGCGGCGGGACCGAGAGGCGCUGGCGCUGGAGCUGGCGCGGCUGCGGCGCGGGCAGCAGGAGGCCCGCGCGCAGCUGCUGGACAUGGAGUGCCGCGUGCGCGGCACGGAGCGGCGGCAGGAGCAGUGCACGGCCUUCCUGGCGCGCGCCGUCGGGAACCCGGGCUUCCUCGACGGCCUGCUGGCGCGCCGCGGCCACGCGCCCGUGGAGGCCGGCAGGAAGCGGCGGCUGCUCGACGCCUCCGCCGCGGCCGCGCCGGACGCGGCGGACGUCCUCGCGUUUGAGGAGCUGGCGCUGGCGGCGGGCGCCGUGGUCGAGGCGGAUCCCGUCCCGGCCGUGACGGCGGCGAGCCAGAGCCCCAGCAGCACCGCCACCGCCACGGACAUGAUAUGGUACGAGCUGCUCGGGGAGGAGCAGGUGGAGAUCGACGCCGAGGUGGAGGAGCUCGUCGCGGCCGCGGCCGCAGCGGAGGUGGCCGAGCCGUGGGAGGAGAUGGGGGACGAGGAGGUGGAGGAGCUGGUGCAGCAGAUAGGCUGCCUGGGCUCGCCAAGCCCUUGAUCACCAUGAUUCCACAAGAUGCAGACCAUUAAGCUACUAUGGUGCUGACUGCUGAGCACUCAGCACCUACCUACAAUGGCGGCACUGGUACUGUAGGUACAGUACUGAAGUGUGCCUCCGAGUUAUUAGACCAUAAUAAUGGUCAUGUCAUGUGUGAUCCGGUGACAGUGGUGUGUCGCAUACGAUACAACUAACCCAAGGAGUGGACGUGUUGAUGGAUGCAGCAUCCUGCUCCAGGUGGUUGAUCGAUGUAUGCCGCAUGCAUGCGGUAUGAAUAUUUCAGAGGCUUUUAGUGACGAGGAUUCUUGGUUCACAGCCUCAAAUUCAGGUGAUUGGAAUUGGGGUUUCCCGUGUGAUCGCACCGGCAGUGAGCUUCCGGUGAUGGUUAUUUCCUUCUCGUGAUCACACUGACGGCGAGCUCCCCGUGACAGAGACGGUCUUGACAGAGCCGGGUUAGCAGGGCAGGGGCAGUGAUCACAGAUCCUGCAGACUGCAGUGAGGGCUGAGGGCGCUAUCGGAGACUGGAAGGAGGUGGACUGGCCGUGGCCGGGGUGAGCUGUGGGCACGUGAGGAAGCACGGUGCGCUUCUAGCUAGGAGAAGAACAACGCCUGAUGGAGGAAGAAAAAGAAAUGGAUGCAGAUGGUAAACCUGAAGAAACGGGUGAAACAAUCUCAUCGCCCUUUUUGUUUCCUUCUCUUCAAGGGAUUCAUAGAUGGGUUAUGGAUCAUGGAUCCAUGUGUUCAGUAGCAGAAGUCAGGCAAGAAACACUUUGGGACAACGAGCACUGUUGACCGGGCUGUCUGUUUUGCCAAUGUCACUCCGCCCACGAACUGGAACAAAUGAGCAUCACUAUCACCC